AGCCCCCUAGAGGUGUCAGUGAGCUCAGGGAGUAUCCAGGUUGCUCGGGGACAGACGGCAAUCCUGCCCUGUACCUUCACCACUAGCGCUGCCCUCACUAACCUUAAUGUCAUCUGGAUGGUCAUCCCACUCUCCAAUGCCAACCAGCCAGAACAGGUUAUUCUCUACCAAGGGGGGCAGAUCUUUGGUGGUGCACCCCAGUUCUAUGGGCGAGUGGGGUUUGCAGGGACAAUGCCAACCACCAGUGCCUCCAUCUUCAUCAACAACACCCAGCUUUCGGACACUGGCACGUACCAGUGUUUGGUCAACAACCUUCCAGACCGAGGUGGCAGGAACAUUGGAGUCAUUGGACUCACCGUCUUGGUUCCUCCUUCCGCUCCGCUCUGCAGAAUUCAGGGGUCCCUGGAUGUCGGCAGCGAUAUUACCCUGACCUGCAACUCAGAAGAAGGCAUUCCUCGGCCGACAUACCUCUGGGAGAAGUUGGACAAUGCUCCCAGGCUACCCCCGACUGCCACGCAAGACCAAGUCCAGGGCACGGUCACCCUCCGGAAUAUCAGCACUGUGUCCUCCGGUCUUUACCAGUGCGUGGCUUCUAAUGCCAUCGGAACCAGCACCUGCCUUCUGGACCUGCAAGUCAUUGCACGGGCACUGGUUUACUGGAAGAACAAACACAAGGAGGAAGAAGAGGAGGAGAUUCCCAAUGAGAUAAGGGAGGACGACCUGCCACCCAAAUGCUCUUCGGCCACAAAAGCGUUCCAUGGUGAUGCAUCCUCCUCGGAGAAUGACACCCUCACCUCCUCCAACACCUACAACAGCCGCUACUGGAACGACCCCAAGGCCAAUCACACCACAGACUCCUUCACCCGCUUCAGCAAUAACAACGACGUGCGCCAGCCCUUCUCCCGCUCCGGGAGCACCAACGCUCGCCCUGUCUAUGCCAACGGAGGCCACCCAUCCCCAGCUCCACCCAAGACGCUGGUGGUGACAGCCAGCACAGCACCGUCCCCACAGGAGGUGGCCAGGAGCAAUGGCUCAGUCAGCCGCAAGCCAAGGCCUCAGCACACACGCUCCUAUGCCGUGAGCCAGGCGACGUUGGAGCGGAUAGGGGCUGUGCCUGUCAUGGUGCCAGCCCAGAGCCGGGCAGGCUCCCUGGUGUAG